AUGCCGAGCAAGCUGCCCACGCUACUGCUCCCCGUCCUCCUGGCGCUGUUGCUCACGCCGCGCCGCAUCUACGUACGGGCUCAACCCACACAACCCCACACCCUAUCUAGGCGGGACGGCACCGACGCAGGACCACCGGGCAUCCCGACGGCGAUAACACUGUUCUGGUUCAACAACCUCGAGGUCGGCAUCUGCUACGACAUGAUGCGGCGCGUCGUGAGCGACCCAGACUCGUUUGACUGCAACGCCCAGGGCGACUACGACCGCGACAACAACACCUACGCCCUGCCGCAGACGUGCAUCGCCCUCAUCCCCAAGAGCGAGGCCCUCCUCUACCGCAUCACCCAGGCCUGCCAGCAGACCAACGGCAAGUUCGACACCCUCACCGCCCCGCCUGGUACCGAUAUGAACCCCGGCCCCGCAGCAGCUUCCGGUGCCGGUGCGGCUGGGACGUCGGCGUCUGCUGCUGCCGCAUCUAAGCAGUAG